GGCAGGAGAGCCGGCAGCGGCCAGUUGCGAUGCGGCGGCUGUGGAGGUAGCUGCUGUUGUUGGUAUCCGCGCCCCUCUUUCUCUCUCUCUAUUCCUCGCCAUGGAGAGCCAGUUGGCGCGCUGCAAGAUCGUGGUGGUGGGCGACAGCCAGUGCGGCAAGACGGCGCUGCUCCACGUCUUCGCCAAGGACGCCUAUCCCGAGAACUAUGUUCCCACCGUGUUUGAGAACUACACUGCCAGCUUUGAGAUCGAAAAGCAGCGCAUUGAACUCAACAUGUGGGACACAUCGGGCUCAACCUACUAUGACAAUGUCCGCCCAUUGGCUUAUCCGGAUUCCGAUGCUGUCCUGAUCUGCUUUGACAUUAGCCGUCCUGAGACCCUGGACAGUGUCCUUAAAAAGUGGCAGGGAGAGACGCAGGAGUUCUGCCCGGGUGCCAAGGUGGUCCUAGUCGGUUGCAAACUGGACAUGCGCACCGAUCUAAACACUUUACGAGAACUCUCCAAACAGCGCCUUAUACCCGUCACACAUGAACAGGGCAGUAUGCUGGCCCGGCAACUGGGCGCGGUGGCCUAUGUGGAGUGCUCUUCCAAGUCGUCUGAGAACAGUGUGCGGGACGUUUUCCACGUGACCACCCUGGCCUCCGUCAACCGCGUUCACAAACACCUCAAGCGCAGUAACUCAAAGCGAGGGCUGAAGCGGGUGGCACAGCUGCCCGGGCGGACGGACUUGUUGACUGACUCUGAGAUCCGUAAAGACCGAGCCAAGAGCUGCUCGGUGAUGUGAGAGAGGAGGUUGAAGUAUAAUGUUGCCUGUCUUGUUCAUAUCUCUUUGUACAGUAACUGGUCCCAGAGAGGUCUCUGCCCUGCAGACCACAUUCCCGAGGAUGCGGGUCUGAGAAAACUAAGCCGUCCCUUGAAAGAAUCAGGUUGGAUAGGGAGGGAUCUGCCUGACGUUGCUGUGCGUAGAGGGAGGGCUUCUGGAUGGGCCAGUGUUGCACAGGACAUAGAAAUGCUCAGGUAGCAGAUGUAUAUUCUCCAAAGAAAGGAGCACAUCCAUGUAUGUGGCACAGCAGGGGGGAAAUUCUUCAAAUCCUCCAAAGAGUUCAUUAUUUUGGAGCUAAUUUUGCAAGCAUAGGUGUCCAGGCAACUGGGUGUCUGGUAUUUUUGCAGCCAUGGUGUGUGGCAGUUGGGCUGCGCACAUAGCAUGUGUGUGCCUCUGUGUGUGUGUGUUUGUGAAAUGUAUGCACAAGCAAGGCUUGGGACUAGUUAGUAGAAUACAGGAGCUACAGAAUGUUUAAUUAUUUGAGUAGACAACAUGGGGGUGAUGAUUCAGCAGGGCAGGAUUGUGGCAUUUGGCUAUUUUGUGUUGUGUCAAACAAAAACAAUGCAUUUAAAGCCUUCAGGUGACAGAAGAAGACCAUUUUGAGAGUUUGAAAAGUUUUUUUUUUGUCAUUGCACUUCCUAGAAUCACCCCAACCAGCAUUACUAUUAGUCAUGUUGGCUGUAGGAUCAUUGGAGUUGCAAUCCAAAAAUAAUAUAUGUGAGCUCUGGUCAUUUUACUGUCCUAGAGACAUUAACAUUGGGCACUAUCA